AUGGGGGUCGCGCCUCGCGGGCGAUUUGGCCGAGCACACCGGAUCGUAACCAGAGCAUCAAAGGCCGAGGCGACGGGGAAGUUUUGGAGCGGAGUGAAACCGGCUAGGACAAACUCUACGCUGGUGAUUCCUACAGGGGGAGGCCCGCCUGGCUUGUCGAUGACGACGUUGAGGGCGGCGAUGAAACUUAAGAAGAAGGCCAACGUGAUCCAGGCCAAGUCUGUCAUGUCCAAGUACAUCGUGGACCCGCGGACCUCGCGAAUGCAGUCCUGGAAGAACUGGAUGUUCGUAAACAUCAUGUUCACCGUGCUGGUGACCCCGUGGCGAAUAAGCUUCCGGUGCCCGGCGAACGCCUUCGGGUUGACGCUGGCCGCGAUCGCCAACAUUUCUUUCAUCGUGGACACGGUGCUGCACUUUUUUACGGCGGUAGUGACGGAAUCAGGCCUGCUGACCGAGCGCCAGGAGAUCGCACGGCGGUAUAUCACGUCGUGGUUUUUUCUCGACCUCGUGACCUGUUUGCCGUACACAACGCUGCUCCGGAGCGUGAUCCCUGCCAGCUUGAGGGCGAUGGCGCCAGUGCGAGGGUUACGCUUGUUGAAACUGCUAAAGGUGGUAAAGGUCUACGCGUUGCACUACGAGGUGAGCCCUGUGGCCAUGAGCAUCGGGAAGACCCUGGUCACAGUUAUUUUGGCGGCCCAUCUUCUGAGCUGUUUCUGGUUCUGGGUCCACUGCUAUGACGACCUCCUAGCGGGGGUAGAAACAGAAUGGAACCAGUGCGGAUCGUCGACAUCUGUGGCAAGCCAAUACCUGUCGUCUUUUUACUUCAUCAUCUACACCAUGAUGACGGUCGGGUACGGAGACCAACACGCGCAUCCUUCUGACAAAAAGGCGAGAAACACGGAGUGGGCGAGGGUGCAGUUUAUCGCCCCCAUCCAGAAGGUCACCACCACCAACCUACAGAAAAUUUCUGAGUAUGCGUUGGAUCGAAGGUUGCCGGACGGCAUUAGCUCUCGGAUAAAACGACACUUCCGGUAUUAUUAUUUCAAGACGAGCGUUUUCGACGAGAGGGCGGUGAUGGAGCAUGUGCCGUGGCAGAUAUGCCAGGAGGUGAUGUCCAAGACGCAUGCCGUGGCCAUCUCGGCCACGGGGCUCCUGCAGGACCACGACUUGUCGCCUAUCGCGCUCAUGCGGCUGGCGAGGGCGAUGAAGCCGAUGGAGCUGGACAGCGGGGAGGAGGCAAUACUGCAGGAGGACACCGUGCUCCAGGCGUACUUCGUCAUCAAGGGGAGGGUCGAGGCCUACGUGCACGAGGAGGCGCGAGGGCGCCGCCCCUCGUUCGGAGGGGGAGACGCAGACACGCCUCCCUUGCGGCAGUCCUCGUACUUGGGGGUUUGGGGACCUGGAUCGAUGUGGGGGCUCAGCAAUAUCAUACUCGGGGGGGGGUCAGAGGCAACCUUUGUCGCUGCCUCCCCGAGCGACCUGCUUUGGCUAGACCAGUCAGACCUCAUCGCGGCCAUCGACGAGCACCCGGACAUCAAGGGUUGCCUCGAAAAGACGGCCUCUGCCGACUACCACGGUGGACGAGCGAGGACGGCUUUGAUACGAACGCAAGGGCGAAACAUCAUCAGCAACUGCAACUGCAACUGCAACAUCAAACAACUGCAACUAUCUGUUAUCCCUAUUGCAUAUCUCUGUUGUGGUACGUCGGACGACCAGACCUUGCGGGAAGCUGUCGAGUCGCCGACUAUCACCAAAGAAGGGCUCAAGCUCAAGCAGAUCACUCUCACCGACUUCAAGGCUUCCGACUUGAAGCAACAGCUCAAGCACACGGACGUUCGGAAUCUCUGCAUGGCUGCUAGCGCCGACCAGUUAGCUGCCGCGGCGGCUAGCCAAGCCGCCGCGGCUUCUCACGGAGGGAUGGUGGGCAUGGUGCACGACAUACAGCACAUGGCGGCGUUCGGGGGGAAGGGGGUGAGGGGGAGACUGAAGAGCUUCGUGGGCACUGUCCACGGGGUGCUUCGAGGGCAGAAGAUGCAGAUGAGGCAAGUGAACAAUAGUCUAGAUUUCGAAUCUGACGCUGCCGUGCAAACGGAAGAGACCCCCGAGGAGCUGAAUGAUCGGGCGAUCAUACUGCCGGACCAGCCGAUCAAGCUGCGAUGGGACGUGGCCAUAUCUAUAGUGUGCGUUUUGGUCGCCGUGCUCACGCCCUACAGGAUGGCCUUCGCGCACAACGAUGCACUCUCGUGGUGUAUAUUUGACGCUGCCGUGGAUGUAUUCUUCGUAAUCGGGAUGAUCUUGAAGAACUAUCUUCGGGGAUGGAUGCUCUUCGACAUAGCCAGCACCAUUCCGGGUUAUCUGUUCGACGUUUCCGACCGAGUUUUCCGGGGCCUUGUCGUGCUGAAGCUGUUGCGGAUCGGGAGAGUGCCGGCGCUGGCGAAACAGCUGCACCUCUUGCGCGAGCAGGAAGCACUCGCGAGCGGAGGGGCUAAGCGAAGAAGAUGGCUCCGAGGGAUGAACGUCGAUGUCCCUCGGUGGUGUCUCGACGUAGUGCAGAUUCUUGUGGUCAUUUUGUACGCGUCGCAUGUCUUCGGGUGCUUGUGGUGGGUAAUGAGCCGGUACGACAGCGACGGAUCCUGGUGGCAAAGGGACGGCUUAGAUAUCGACGACGCUACUUCCACCUACAUUGCCUCUCUCUACUGGGCGGCAACCACCAUCACAACGGUGAGGGGCGGCAGCGUGGGCUACGGCGAUUUGGUUCCAACGAACGAUCUGGAGAGGAUGAUUGCGUGCCUGACCAUGGUUUGCGGGACGACCAUGUUCUCGUACGUCAUCGGUAGCGUCUCCACGCUUGUCAUGUGA